AUGGAAAAGAACAUCUGCUAUCGGCAACGAAGGAGAAAAGAUGUCGUCUACGACGAUUGCGUAUCCGAGGACUCCUUGUCCCAAGGAGGAUCUUUUGAAAUACAGGCAGAAGAAGAUUCUGGAAGCAGCACAAAAAAAGCGAGUCUAAAGAAGUGCCGCAGGGAUCUCCGCGAAUAUAAUAUUCUGCUAGCAGCCUUGCUGAGCGAAGACGGGACUCGCACGUCUUCUCAUCGUGAGAUGGAAAUCAUUGCGGAGAGGUUCUGCUCGAACCUUUUCCGUUCAUCAACUCCUGUGUCAAGCCCGAUCAUCCCCACUGGUGAAGCUCCACCACGGAUUCUCCCUUCGGAAGUGCGAGUCGCUAUCAAGAGCAUGAAACCUGGCACAGCCCCCGAAACUGAUUUUAUAUCAGAAGACUUUCUUCGGGCCAUCCACUUCAUGCAAUCCUACCUUCAGAAAGAAAGAAUCCCAGACCAGUGGAAGACCUCGCAAACCGUUCUUAUCCAUAAGAAAGGUGACCGAGAGGACCUUCGGAACUACUAUCCGAUAUGCUUGCUGAGCGUGUUAUACAAACUAUUCACCAAGAUCAUCCUCACGCACAUAUCUAGGACGUUGGAUGAAGCCCAGCCUCAAGAACAAACUGGAUUCCGCCAAGGGUUCAGCUGCUUGGACCACAUCCAGACCGUGUCGAGGAUCAUAGAGGUUUGCCGGGAAUACCGCCUGCUCCUUGUUCUAACCUUCGUCGACUAUGAGAAAGCCUUUGACAGCGUAGAAACGAAUGCAAUACUGUCAGCGCUUGUCGAUGAAGGUGUGGACGCGUCGUAUGUGAGGACAUUAGCCAAUUGUUACGAUCGAUGCACGACUAGGAUACAGCUUUUCCACCGCCCUCUCACCAUACCCAUUGGAAAGGGGGCACGACAAGGCGAUAUUAUAUCGCCGAAGCUGUUCACGGCUGCAUUGCAAUGGAUAAUGAAAUCACUUUCCUGGGAAGAAAGGGGCAUACGUGUUGAUGGAAGAAUCCUGUCGAACCUUCGUUUCGCCGACGACAUCGUUCUCUUUCCGAGCAGUACCAAUGAAACAGAAACGAUGCUCAACGAAUUGAACGAAGCAGGGAGGAAAAUAGGAUUGCGAAUAAACAGAAAGAAGACGCAGUUCAUGAAGAACGCCUACUGCGAGGACGGAAGAGUACAACUUGAAGGCUCCCAAAUGGUGGAAACUUCGUCACACAUAUACCUCGGACGUUCUAUGAAUAUGGAAAACGACUUGAAGGAAGAACUGAAUAGAAGAAUGAGAGCAGCAUGGGCAGCAUUUGCAGCCGUCAGGGAAGCUACGGACCAACUGACGGACCAAGAUCUUCGUGCCCUUUUGUUGGACUCGACAGUUCUUCCAGCGCUCUGUUACGCAGUGGAGACGUGGGCAGACAUCGCUGCAAGGUGCACACAACACCUAGCCUACCUUCACAGCUACGAAUUAAGAGGAAUGUCUCGUCUUCGCGACGCAGCGGAUUAUAUAUCGAAAGCAAAGCGUAGAUGGGUCGGUCACACUAUGAAAAGAAUCGGCGGUAGAUGGACCAAAAGAACGCUAGAGUGGAUCCGAAGAGAUGCUAACCCCUUCGAGGGAGACGGCAAACGAGAUGGAGUGGAGUGUUCGCUACACGGAGCUCAGCUGGAUACGGCUCAAGGACCUCCUCAACAUCACUCACGAAACUUGAGAACAUCUUAG